UUUAAUCCUUGUGUCCUUCCAAUUUAUUCACAGAGCACAAAUUAGUUAUGGUUGGCUUGGAUAAUGCUGGCAAAACCACAAUACUCUAUCAAUUCCUUAUGAAUGAAGUCGUACACACCAGCCCAACAAUUGGCUCCAACGUGGAGGAGGUGGUGUGGCGGAAUAUACACUUUCUGGUGUGGGAUUUGGGCGGACAGCAGAGUUUACGUGCCGCCUGGAGCACCUACUACACAAAUACAGAGUUUAUCAUAAUGGUAAUCGAUUCGACAGAUCGUGAGCGCUUAGCUGUGACGCGCGAGGAACUCUAUCGUAUGCUUCAGCAUGAGGAUCUGUGUAAAGCCAGUCUAUUAGUUUAUGCAAAUAAGCAGGAUCUCAAGGGUGCAAUGUCAGCUGCGGAAAUUUCACGUCAAUUGGAUUUAACCUCGAUUAAGAAACAUCAAUGGCAUAUACAAGCGUGUUGUGCGCUCACCGGCGAGGGUCUUUAUCAGGGUCUCGAAUGGAUCGUACAGCGCAUCAAAAAGAAAUGACAGACGUCAAAUAUGGACUGCGAUAGGAUAUAGCUAAUUACAAAAAAUAUUUAAACAGUUUUAUAUAUGUAUGUAUUUAUGUAUAAUAUAAUUACGGUAAUGUCAAAAUGUUACAACAAAAUUAAACAUAAAAAUAGUGAAUGAAAGAAUAGCGAAAAACAGACAUACAUUAUAUAUUACAUAGCAUAAGAGCGCAUAGAUUAAUUCGCGGCGCUACAAAAAUGGAGCAGCAAUUAAUAGCAAAUAAGAUCAUACAUACGAGAAGAAAAACAAUAUAUACAUAUAAAAAAAAAUAAAAAUAAAAAUAUAUAAUUAUUUUGUGUAAGCAUAAUACUUGCAAGUAAAUGAAAGCUUAUAAUUUUUUGUAAAAAAAAAUAUAUUGCAUAGGCGACACAACACAACUAAAUUUAUUAUUUUAAUAUUAAAGAAAGGUGACUGCAAAACGAUCGCUGUUAGUGCAAAUUAUAAUUAUUAUUAUUUUUAAUUCAAAAAUAUUUUUACUGCUGUUCGUUGCAUAUGUAUAUGUACACGUGUAUGCAUGCUCAAUUGUUUAGAAUUAAAUUUAUGACACAUUUGGAAAUACUUAUAUUUGUAUAUAUGUAUAUAUAUUUUUUAUAUAAUUAACUAUACAUUUUCUAUUAUUUUAUUUUAACACUUUGUUUCAAACUUUAGUUAAUAAAUUUUCUAAAUUCUGUAUUUCCAACAAUUUAAAUUUUCAGCUUAAGCUGGAUAUCUGAAGGGAACUUGCAUACAUAUUAGAAUUCUGCUGUUUUAUUGCAAAAUAAAUCUUCCAUUUAAUAAGUGUAAUCAUUGUGUUGAACGAAAAAUAAAGUGUGAAGUAACGCACUAGUUAAAGCAACACAAAAACAUUUACUUUCAAAACACAAGAAAAAAUAUUUUUAUUUGUUACAAUUACUACGUGAAAAUAAAUAGUAUUGAGCAAUAAAUA